GCCUUGUUUGCGUGUGUGUAAAUAUAAAUGGACUGCAUUUAUACAGCGUUUUUCUAACCAGUGGCCACGCAACGCACUUAACCUAACAUUCUCCCAUACACGCAUAUUAAUUCAGGCACCGACGGCGGUGUCAACCAUGUAAGGAGACAGCCAGCUCGUCGGGAGCCGUCAAACAGGCGUAUUGCUCAGGGACGCCUCGAAACUCAGCUAGGAGGAGUCUGGGAUCGAACUAACAACCUUCCGGUUACACGCCGCCCCAAAGUGCGUCGGCCGGUGCUGCUGCUGCCGCUGCUCCACCUCGGCUUGUUGCAACUGUUGGCCCGAUCAGGACAACUUAACGUUGGACUAAUAUUCUGAAUUUUUCUGAUUGCAUGCACAGUUUUGUCAUUGGGCAGUAGAAGACUAAUGGCACGCUGCGGAUCCACCAGAACGAACCUACAUGGCAAGGUGUCUUUUAUUCUUGUCUUCCACUUCUAUAACUUUACAGUUUGUAUGUCCCGAUGAAAUGCAUGGAUAUCGAUGUUGCGCCAAUCAGUCAUGUCUAUUAGUCGCCUACUAUUGGGGAAAGGAGGAUGAUAGGACGUAUGUUUAUUUAAUAGACCUCUGGAUACUGAACUCACUUUUAGCCUCCUGCAGGCCUAGCACUUGGUUGACUUACUAAUAUUUAGCCGUUCAAAACAGGUUGAGAGGUUGCCCUAACUGCUUGACAUGACAAACUAAAAACAGAACAUUAAUGUAACCAAAUGAAAAUAUAUUAGAAGCCUGUACCAACAAGCAACAGUUCUCUGUAGCCAUAUGCUAUUUGACAACUAUGAUAAGCCCAGGAAAAAAUGAAGUUACAAUGAGAUGUCACUAUCCGAUGCUCCAACGCCGGUCGAUCCGGAGCUUGUUGAGAGAAUAAUGCAUGGUUCAUAUGUGCAAGGCCCUCCUGAUGUUCAGGAAUUUAAUAAUCCCAGGGUUGAUUAAAUAGUAGGCCUAUAUAUUCUAUAUACGUUUUAUACAUUCCGAUGUAAUUUAUUAGUUUUCGUUUUGGGGCUUUGCUGCUAGAUUGACGGACUCCAGCAGUGGCCAUAUGCCCUAGGGUCAUUAGCUAAAAACGACUGAAAAAGCAUUCACAAUGGCUGUGAGCGAUACCCCAGAAAAUAGUGUAUAGAGAAUCAGUAGAGAAGCAAUACAGAAAAGGCAGCAAAUUUAGCUCAAUGACUGAUACAAGUUGCGACAUCGAUGCUUCCUGGAUAGAUUUACAGAAGUACAUUAUUUGAAGUUAGUUUAAAUUCUUAAAUUCGUGCCAAAAAGAAGCACCUAUAAUAUGUACAGAUGUUGUUUUGGGGGUCCCAUUGCUAACCUCCGACUAGUCUCAAAGAUAUGACAAGCUGUAAUCUGGGUCACAGGGCUGUUCUCUUUCUUUCGCUUCAUAUUUGUGUUUUGAUCAUGUCUGUGGAUCUGGGAUUUUUAAGCACGCAAUUGGCUAUCAACACAAACUCAACCAGCAGUGGUAAACACUAAAAAGUGUUUUUUUAUAGGUUUCAAAUAAACCCAUGUCAGACUAACCAGUAACCAUUGUAGGAAUUAAAUUCCCUUUGACAACUUCCUUUACCGCUUUCUCUUCAAUAGAAUAUCUCUGUAAGAAAACAGGAAACCGGUAUUACCCCACCCUUUCAGUUGGGUUUCCAGCCUAGUACAGGCCUUUAGCAGAGUUCUGAAUCCGAGAUACAGUUCUUGCACAUUGAAGUGCAGUUUUGUAAACGUGUUAGCCUAUAUUAUUGCGCUUGCUAAAUAUUUUAGCCUUAGUAUAUAUGCAGUAGACAAUAUUUCUGUAAAGGAAUGAAUUAAAAGUUACACAAAGCAUUCCAGCUAUCUGUAAAUCCAAUAUUCUGCAAAAAAAUAUUAAUUAACAAUUCUAUAACACUAGACAUAAUAUGUAUUUACUGACUGUUCUUUUCUUUCUAUUGUCUCCCAGCAGAAUGACAAUUCGAUGUGGUGCCUUACAUACGUUGAGACACAGAUGCUUCCUGUUUUCUUCCUCUCUUCUGCUGCUGUGUUUACUUAAGCUGGUUUACAUCAACGUGAGGGUGAAGAACAGCUUCUAUCUGGAGCCCUAUGGAUUUACUGCCAGCUAUUUCAGAACCUGGGCCAAUGGGCACAACAUCAACUGCACUCGCAUAUACAAAUUGGAACCUGUGGAGAUAGGCAAGUCUUUGGAGUUACGAAGGAAAGCCAACGUGGUCUUGGAAGAUGACAGGAUUGUCUCUUUGUCCGCAGACUGUGAGAGGUUUGUCAAAACAAGACGAUACAAUGACAUCCCCGUGUUCGAUGAGGAAUUGAAAUUUCCCCUGGCAUAUUCCCUUGUUGUACACAAGAAUGCACCAAUGGUAGAGCGCAUUCUUCGAGCGAUAUAUGCGCCUCACAACAUCUAUUGCAUUCACUAUGACAAAAAAUCGACACCAGCUUUUAUAAAAGCCAUGAAAAACAUGGCUAAUUGUUUGCCCAACCUGUUUAUUGCAUCCAAAAUUGAGUCUGUUGAGUAUGCCCAUAUCACCAGGCUCAAUGCUGACCUGAAUUGCAUCUCUGACAUGUUGAAGUCUGAUGUGAAAUGGGAGUAUGUCAUCAACUUGUGUGGCCAGGAUUUCCCCCUUAAAACAAACUAUGAGCUAGUUAUGGAGCUUAAGGCGCUCAAUGGAAGCAACAUGCUGGAGUCGAGUCGACCCAGUGAGCUGAAGAAGCAGCGCUUUGUCUUCCAGUACGAGCUGCAGAACAUGCCUUAUGAGUACCACAAGCUUCCAGUGAAAACAACGAGGUUGAAAGAUGCAGCUCCUCACAGUAUCCAGGUGUUUAUUGGAAGUGCAUACUUUGUCCUGUCACGGGACUUUGUGGCAUUUGUGACCACUAGCCCAGUGGCCAAAGACUUUCUGGCCUGGUCUGCCGACACAUACUCACCAGAUGAGCACUUCUGGGCCACCUUGGUGCGGGUUCCAGGGGUGCCAGGCCACAUUCUGCGGACUCACAUCGAUAUAACGGACCUACAGAGCAAGACACGGUUGGUUAAAUGGAACUAUCUAGAAGGAUCACUUUAUCCCCCUUGCACUGGCACCCAUAUGCGUAGUGUUUGCAUCUAUGGGGCCGCAGAGCUCCGCUGGCUGCUAAACUACGGCCAUUGGUUUGCCAACAAGUUUGAUCUCAAAGUGGACCCAAUCGUUAUUAAUUGCUUGGAAGAGAAGCUUGAUGAAAAACGAAAACAAAGAGGAAACAUGCUGGUGUGAAUGUUGGAACUGUACAGCAAGUUUGCAUUUUAUUCAUCAUAAAUGUGAUUAUUUUAUUUUUACUGAUGUCAUUGAAAAUGUAAUUCAGUUAAUUGGAACACAUAUUUUAUCUCAAUAAUAAUCAUGGUAGAGGAAAUUAUCGGCCACAAGCAAACUGUUACUAUCAGUUGACACUGCUGGGAAGGGACAUAUCAAAUGUCAGAUCCCAAAUGUUAUUUAUUCGUAAUCUUUCAAUGCAUACAGAGUUGAGGAGGUGUGAAAUAACAAAGACACAUAUGUUGGGAUUUUACCUUAUCUAAUCAAAUGAAUCAUGUGGUGGUGUUCUUGGUGGUUUUUCUGAAUACAUUUCAAAUAAAUAUUUCCUCAUAUUGUUCAUGAAUUGUUUAUAGCAUAUUUUAACUAGCGUGUAGGCUUCAUGUGUCUUCAUCAAUACUGACUAUUUUGUGCUUACUUUUUUACUAAAUGAUGUACUAAAAUGUUAACACCAAAACUAUUCUCUGGAAUAUUAAUAUAUUAUAUAUAUUAAUUAAUAUUUAUUAAUACGGAGACCUGCAGGCCUUAAAAAGAUGAGCACUGAUAUCAGUCAGGUGAAACCCUGCCCACCUAAAUGUAAAAAUUGUGCACAAAUUAUAUUAUUUUAGAAUAGUAAAUGGGUUGAUUACAGUUUUGCUGAAUUAUGCAAAAAUAGACCAUUGAAAAGGCAAUGAUUUUCACUCUGAAAAGGGAAUUUUGUUCUCCCUGUCAACUAAUAAUGCAUCAAAUGUGGAUGGUAGCUGAGCUGUCACUAAUACAUGUCAGUCUAAAUAUGGACCUGGCCCUCCAGAGUAAAUAGCAGACCUCCAGACCAGCAAGGUAUAAACCAUCCCACAUUGUCCUCAUUUUCCUUUCAACACAGAAGUGAUCAAAUAUAUAGUGUGUUGCUAAAAACAAACCACAACAAACAAUGCUGGUCGCAUUGUUCAGCUUCUGAAAGGGCUAGGUUUCAGUUGACCAAACUUUGUUCUUUUGGUCAUGCCAGUUUAUGUUUCCUUGAUUUAUUUACAGGAAUAUAUCACCAUGGGCCUCCUUUACAAAUAUUCUUGCAGCUAGCUGUAGCAGUAAACUGAAAUAAGGGUCAACUUUUGGCUUUUUUUUUUAAAAAAUGUCAACAGCAUUAUCAGCAGGGUUUUAUUGGGAGCUUGAAGGCUAUUGAGGACCGGUGAAAUCUGAAUACGAAGCAUUUCCCCCUGCCUCCCUUUCUGUAUCUGCAGGUAGACAACAGACAAAACCAUCAUUCUUCCUCUGGCUAGGUAUUUUGGAAAUGUCCCAAGUUAAGCUGGGGGAGGGGGGUUCCAGGCUCAUUCAUAUCCUGGCUGUGGUAACAGAGAUGCAGUGUCAUCUGGAGUUCUGAGUCCCCUUUACCCCCAACAACAUUGUAUAACUAGAACUACUGGCAAAUUAAUGACAUGUAGGCCUAGAAUUGCAAUUAAGAACCAAAGACUAAGGCUUGCAAAGGCACAUUUGCUUAAAUUAGCUAAUUUUAUGGUACAUUUUUCCUUAAUAUACUUAACAGCCACACAAAACGAUCUGACUCAUUACUACUGAUCUGUAGUCCAUCUAGCAUUACUAGAAUGCUAUACUUUCAGAGCAAAAUUAGAAACGGAAAUUAAAAACCUGUCACAUAGGUCCAUAUAGUGUAUUUAUUACACAUGUUGAAUUAAGAGAACAGGCGCGCAGGGGAAGGAAAAUGCUAUGUCAACAACGUUUAUAAUACAUAUUAAAAGGAUCCCUAUGUUAACAUAAGACUUUAAUGCUAAACAAACAUUUUCUUUGAAUAUUGAUAUCCCAGAAAUCAUAAAGAAGGAGCAUCUUGGUGGUUUACAGGCAUACAAGCAUUAAGAAUAGUAGCUAGACUGCUAUGAGCUAAGCGCUUAUAGCUUUUCUCAGGUAUUGAGCUCCUUUAAAUAGCUCUUAGACAUGUUUGCAUUAGCUUAAAGCUUACACCAACUUUAUAACUGAUGUCACAUGAGAAGAAAUAAAUCCACAUCAGCCGAGUGCUCCCAUCAUAAUGGAAGCCUUGUCUGUGUCGGGGGUCUUGCCUAUGCAGACAUGAAGGCCUUUAGAAAAACAACUCCAACCCCUCUAUAAGAAACAUACUCAAACCUGGAUUUGCUACCUACUUCGUAUAGCAUGUGUGAAAGCAUUGGCAGGACAAUAGCGAUGAAAAGGAACCAUGUCUAAGAGGCAGAAGCCCCUAAACAACUAUUUGUGACUUGACUUCUUUGUGAGGGACCGCGACUCCCACGAGUAAGUAAUUCAUGUCUUAGACUUUUUCUCACAGCUACAGAUAAAAAAAAUUAAAUUCUCUAUUUAUGGUUUCACAA